ACACACUUCAAGGCAUUGCACACAGAAGGAUUACAGAAGACACCACUGCAGAGAAUUGUCCAAGAGCCUGAGGACCAAAUACUGUCACACUUCACAGUACAGAAAUGUCAAAGAUCUUCAAGAAGACCAGCGGCAACGGCUCGCUUGCCCUCUACCUGGGGAGGAGAGACUUUGUGGACCACGUGGACAGCGUUGAUGAUGUUGAUGGAGUGCUCAAAGUGGACCCUGCUGAUCUUGCUGGCAGGAAAGUGUUUGUGUCACUGGCCUUGGCCUUCCGCUAUGGUAGCGAUGACCUGGAUGUGAUAGGCCUGUCCUUCCGGAAAGACAUCUGGGUCCAGCGUUUCCAGAUAUACCCUCCCCCUGGGGACAGCAAGCCAGCCAACACCCCCAUGCAGGAUGCCCUCCUGAAGAAAUGUGGAGACCAAGGACACACCUUCACCUUUAAGAUUCCACCCAACCUGCCAUGCUCAGUCACCCUACAGCCUGCACCUGGGGAUUCUGGCAAGUCUUGUGGUGUUGAUUUGGAAGUAAAAGGGUACAUUGCCAAUGAUGCCGACAACCCUGAUGAGAAAAUUGAGAAGAAGGACACUUGUCGUCUGAUCAUUCGUAAGAUCCAGUUUGCCCCUGAUAAAACUGGAGCAGGACCCAAGGCUGAUAUCAGCAAACAAUUCAUGAUGUCUGACAAACCAGUCCACCUGGAGGCCUCCAUUGCUAAGGAGCUGUAUUACCAUGGAGAGCCAAUCCCAAUCAAAAUUAAAAUCAACAAUGAAACCAGCAAAGUGGUGAAGAAAAUUAAAGUCACAGUUGACCAGACGACAGAUGUGGUGCUUUACUCAGCUGACAAAUACACCAAAGCUAUUCUGACUGAGGAGUUUGGGGAGACAGUAAAUGCCAAUUCCACAUUUGAGAAGGAGCUCAGUGUGACCCCCUUGCUGAUGAACAACACAGAGAAACGAGGCCUGGCAGUGGACGGCAGGCUAAAGGAUGAGGACACCAACCUAGCUUCAUCUACGCUGCUUCACUCUGGCAUUGACAAGGAAGUGCAGGGAAUCCUGGUGUCGUACAAAAUCAAGAUCAGCCUCAUGGUGUCCAGAGGAGGCAUCUUGGGAGACCUAACAGCCAGUGAUGUUGGAGUAGAACUCCCAUUGAUACUGAUGUCCCCCAAACCGGCUGGUGAGUUGUGA